AUGGCGCGCGCGGCGGGGCAGUUCUGCGACGCGACGCUGGGCGUGGGCGGGCGGGAGUUCCGCGCCCACUGGCCGGUGCUGGCCAGCUGCUCCCGCUUCUUCCGCGCCCGCGGGCCCGGCGGCCCGGUGGCGCUGCCCGAGGGCCUGGCGGACACCUUCCAGCUCCUCCUAGACUUCUUCUACACCGGCCGCCUAGCCCUCACCGCCCAUAACCGCGCCCGCCUGCUGGCCGCCGCCGAGCAGCUCGGCGUGCCCGACGCUGCCACCCCCCCGGCCCCGGAGGAGGCGGCGGCGGGCGACGGCGGGCGGGGGGACAGCGACGCCGAGUCCCUGCCCGAGAAAAAGGCCCUGCGGAGCAAAAAGAACCCCCCCCCCGGGAAGGCGCCCGGCGGCACGGGGACGCCGGGUAGCAGAAAAGGUACAGCGGUGCCGGUCGAGUGCCCCACAUGUCAUAAAACCUUCCUCAGCAAAUAUUGCCUUAAAGUGCACAACAGGAAACACACUGGAGAAAAGCCAUUUGAAUGUUCCAAAUGUGGCAAAUGUUAUUUCAGAAAAGAGAAUCUCCUGCAACACGAAGCCAGAAAUUGCAUGAACCGAUCUGAGCAGGUUUUCACGUGUUCGGUCUGCCAGGAGGUGUUCAAGAGGCGAAUGGAGCUGCGGCUGCAUAUGGUGUCACACACAGGGGAGAUGCCAUACAAGUGCUCCUCCUGUGCCCAGCAGUUCAUGCAGAAGAAGGACCUGCAGAGCCACAUGAUAAAGCUGCAUGGCGCGCCAAAGCCCCAUGCGUGCUCGACCUGCUCCAAGUGCUUUCUGUCUCGGACAGAGCUGCGCCUGCACGAGGCCUUCAAGCACCGGGGAGAGAAGCUGUUUGUCUGCGAGGAGUGUGGGCACCGGGCCUCGAGUCGCAACGGCCUGCAGAUGCACAUCAAGGCCAAGCACAGAAAUGAGCGGCCCUAUGUUUGCGAGUUCUGCCACCACGCCUUCACGCAGAAAGCCAACCUCAACAUGCACCUGCGCACGCACACCGGCGAGAAGCCCUUCCAGUGCCACCUCUGCGGCAAGACCUUCAGGACACAAGCGAGCCUGGACAAGCACAACCGGACCCACACUGGGGAGCGUCCCUUCAGCUGCGAGUUCUGCGAUCAGCGCUUCACAGAGAAGGGGCCCCUGCUGAGGCACAUUGCCAGCCGGCACCAGGAGGGGAGGCCCCACUUCUGCCAGAUCUGUGGGAAAACAUUCAAAGCUGUUGAACAGCUGCGCGUCCACGUCCGCCGGCACAAGGGUGUGAGGAAGUUCGAGUGCACUGAGUGCGGCUACAAGUUCACGCGGCAGGCUCACUUGAGGCGCCACAUGGGGAUUCACGACCGGGUGGAGAACUACAACCCCCGGCAGCGGAAGUUGCGGAACCUGAUCAUCGAGGACGAGAAGGCCGUGGUGGUGGCACUGCAGCCGCCGCCAGAGCUGGACGUGGGCUCGGCCGAGGUGAUCGUGGAGUCCUUGUCCCGCGGCACCCUGCCCGAGGAGCUCCCUGUGCAGAGACUCUGCUCGAACGAGAACUUCUCUACAGCGGAUGUGAUCGAGCAAUCACUAAUUAUAACGACGACGAUUCCCGAAGACUGUGAAACAUAGCGUGACCGCCUGCGCGCGUCCUUCCUACCAAAACACAAUAAAGCAUUGGGCUGGAGCUGCUCUCUGCUGCGCUUGUUCUUUCUGAGUUGUGCAGCUGCCCCUUCCCUUCCUCCCCACAAAGCUCCCACCCCAGGUUGCAGGGAAAUGAAGUUAUAAUCGGGUCACAAAUGAAGAAACAAAUGUGAAGCUAUUCAGAAUGGCUACUUAAAUAAACAUACGUGUGCUGUAUGAGGCAGGAUGUGACUGCUGACUUGGUGUGUGUAAUACUGUGAAUCACUUUUUAACGAGCUCUCCUUUGCGGCUGGAGGGACAGCUGGUGCUCGCCUCCCCUUUCCUCCAGUGCUCUGGCCUCGCGCAGGCAGUUCUGCCUUUUGAGUCUGAAAGCUCAUGAUUAAAGCUUACCUUCCCCAAGAGAGUGUGGCUCUGCCCCUUUCCUUAAACACUUGCUGAAAGGAUUGUCUCCUCCGUUAAAUUUGUGCCUUAUUUCUACUCUGUUUUGUCAAACUUCUGGUAAUUGCUCUUUCUUUACCCUGUUAAAGGCAGGGCAUGACCUGCAUCUUCUCACUAUUGAGAUAAUGUAGCUGUUUGGUAACUUGAAACACAUUAUCUCCAGGAGCUGGGCAAUGCUCUCAGC